UUGCGAAGAAGAAACAAAAACAGCUUGACAGAGCUCCGUUUUGUGAUUACAGGAGGAGAAAACUCUGAUUUCAUCACUCUCUUUUAUUCCUCAGAGGCAGCACGAUGCCGAGAAGUGUUCGUUUUAUUGCUUGUAACGAAGGGUGAAGAGAAGAAGCUAAAUUGCUAACGUCAAUAGCCUGUAGCUAACUAACUGGUUACUUCCCUCUCAAUAAGAUUAAGAAUCAUGACGCAGAAAGUCAACCUGUGUUCAGUCUCCCUUGGAGUGGAGGGUAUGACCUGUGGCUCCUGUGUCCAGUCCAUAGAGCAGCGUAUCGGGUCUCUCCCUGGAGUAAUCCAUAUAAAGGUGUCUUUAGAGAACAAGAAUGCCACCAUCAUAUUUGAGCACAGCCAACAGAGCCCAGAGUCUCUGUCAGAGGCCAUCGAGGACAUGGGAUUUGAAUCAAGUGUAUCAGAGUCCAGCACAGCCACACCCGUUUCCACAGAUACCCAGCUGGUCCCCACCACAGGCCUGACUCCCGCAGCUCAACAGGAGGCCUUGGAGAAGCUCUCCCAGAUUCAGGGAGUACUGGAUGUCAGAGAGAGCCUGGCUCAGGCAGGUGUUACUGUCACCUUCCUCCCGUCCUUGACUUCUUCGCAGCAGCUGAGUGAAACAGUGGCCAGCCUAACGUCUUUGGAGAUCCCCACACCCAGCAGUCCUAAGCAAAAAGGCCCAACCUUGUCCCCGUCUCACAACACAGGAGGAGGGGUGGCACUCCUGAAGUUAUGCAUUGAAGGAAUGACCUGUCACUCCUGCACCACCACUAUUGAAGGGAAGAUUGGAAAACUGAAAGGGAUUGAAAAGAUCAAAGUUGUUUUAGAGUCUCAAGAAGCUGCAGUUGUCUACCUGCCUUACCUCAUCACUGUCCAAACCAUCAUCGAUCAAAUUGCUGUGGCAGGCUUCAAAGCUGUUGUGAAGUCCAAGCCCCGUCCUCUGCAGCUGUCCCCCAGUGAAAUGGAACGUUUCGUUGAUUCUCAGAAACCAACCGUUUCUUCACCAUCUGAGACUUCAGAGGAGACAGAAAUCUUCAUAGACACAACUCUUGUCAUGCUCAGGGUGAAAGGCAUGCACUGCCGUUCCUGUGUGGUCAAUAUUCAAGACAAUAUCUCCAUGCUGCCUGGUGUAUCCUCUGUGGAGGUCUCUCUAGAGAAGGAGAAAGCCUCCAUUUGCUACGACCCUGUAAUGGUCACAGUGCCUCAACUGCAGCAGGCAAUUGAGGCGCUGCCUCCAGGAAACUUCAAGACUCAACCCUGGGACUCCACUGGCAUUUUCAGUCCUGUAUCCACCUCACCCAUGCCGACCUUAUCAUCGCCUCGAACUUUUGGAGCGCCCCAGGCCAAAGCUGCUGCCUCACAGCCUUGUUUUAGCCAGCCACUGGCUUCUGUGGUCAAUGUUCACAUUGAGGGCAUGACAUGCAAUUCCUGUGUCCAGUCUAUCGAAGGCAUGAUCUCCCAAAGGAAGGGUGUCACGUCUGCCCAGGUUUCUCUGGCUGAUCACCAGGGGAUCUUUGAGUACGAUCCCCUCCUGACCACACCAGAGGAGCUGAGGGAGGCCAUAGAGGACAUGGGCUUUGACGCCUUCCUUCCUGAGACCAAUUCCCUGCUGCCUACGUCAAAACCAAGUCCCUCGAAGUCUUUAAGUCUGGCACCUGUGAAAGACAUGGAGCUCGACAAUGACUUGCACAAAGAAACCCCCCAGGGACGCAAUGGAGAGACACACUCUAAAUGCUUCAUCCAGAUCGGAGGCAUGACCUGCGCUUCCUGUGUGGCUAACAUCGAGAGAAACCUCAAAAAUGAACCUGGUAUCUACUCGGUUCUGGUAGCCCUUAUGGCCAGUAAAGCAGAGGUGCGGUAUAAACCAGAAGUCAUCGACCCCAUGAAGAUAGCAGAGUGUGUGAGAGAGCUGGGCUUCACUGCCUCAGUUAUGGAGAACUAUGAAGGCACAGAUGGAAACCUAGAGCUAGUGGUCAGGGGAAUGACGUGUGCCUCUUGUGUUCACAAAAUUGAAUCCAACCUUAUGAAAGAAAAGGGGAUUAUAUAUGCCUCUGUUGCCUUAGCAACCAACAAAGCACACAUUAAGUAUGACUCGGAAAUUAUAGGGCCGCGAGACAUCAUCAAGCUGAUUGAGAACAUGGGCUUUGAAGCAUCUCUGGUGAAGAGGGAUCGCACUGCCAGUCAUCUGGAUCACAGCAAAGAGAUACGACAGUGGAGGAAAUCUUUCUUGGUGAGCUUGAUUUUCUGUGUGCCUGUGAUGGGGAUGAUGAUGUACAUGAUCAUCAUGGACUACCAGAUGAAUUCCUCACAUCAACACAACGCCACAGUAGAGGACCGCAACCACUACCACUCCACCAUGUUCCUGGAGAGACAGCUGCUCCCAGGACUCUCAAUUAUGAACCUGCUCUCCUUCCUCUUUUGUGUGCCUGUGCAGUUUAUUGGAGGUCGCUACUUCUACAUUCAAGCCUACAAAGCUGUGAAACACCGAUCUGCCAACAUGGAUGUGCUCAUUGUUCUGGCCACCUCCAUAGCCUUCACCUACUCAUUUGUCGUGCUAUUAGUGGCCAUGGUGGAGAAGGCAAAAAUAAACCCUAUUACCUUCUUCGACACGCCGCCUAUGCUCUUUGUCUUCAUCUCCCUGGGUCGCUGGCUGGAACAGAUAGCCAAGAGCAAGACAUCUGAGGCUUUGUCCAAGCUGAUGUCUCUACAAGCGACUGAGGCCACAGUGGUCACUCUCGGCAGCGACAUGUGUAUUCUCAGUGAGGAGCAGGUGGAUGUGGAGCUGGUGCAGAGAGGUGAUGUGGUGAAAGUGGUUCCUGGAGGCAAGUUUCCGGUGGAUGGCAGAGUUAUUGAGGGACACUCCAUGGCCGACGAGUCUCUCAUCACAGGGGAGGCCAUGCCAGUGACUAAGAAGCCUGGGAGUUCUGUGAUUGCAGGGUCCAUUAACCAGAAUGGAUCUCUGCUGGUCAAUGCUACACAUGUUGGCAUGGACACCACGCUGUCGCAGAUCGUCAAACUAGUUGAAGAGGCUCAGACUUCAAAGGCUCCCAUCCAACAGUAUGCAGAUAAGAUCAGUGGUUACUUUGUACCCUUCAUUGUCGGCAUAUCCCUCCUCACCUUGAUUGCCUGGAUCAUCAUUGGAUUUUUGGACUUCCCUCUAGUGGAGAAGUACUUUCCUGGUUACGACAAGAGCAUUUCCAGGGCUGAGGCAGUGAUUCGUUUCGCCUUCCAGGCUUCCAUAACAGUAUUAUGUAUUGCCUGUCCCUGCUCCCUUGGCUUGGCAACUCCGACAGCUGUCAUGGUGGGCACAGGAGUUGGAGCCCAAAAUGGCAUCCUGAUAAAGGGAGGGGAGCCACUUGAGAUGGCACAUAAGGUCCAGUCAGUGGUGUUUGAUAAGACUGGCACCAUUACAUAUGGUGCUCCAAAGGUUAUCCAGGUCAAAAUUGUUGUGGAGGGGAACAAGAUGCCACGCUCCCGACUGCUGGCAAUCGUGGGUACUGCUGAGAACAAUAGUGAACACCCUCUGGGAGCAGCUAUCACCAAAUACUGCAAACAGGAGCUUGGCACAGAGUCUCUUGGCUCAUGCACAGACUUUCAGGCAGUGCCGGGCUGUGGCAUCCGCUGUCAGGUCAGCAACACAGAGGCCCUGUUGAAACAGGCGGACAGUGACACAGAGGACAACAACCAGCGCAACAGUGUCCUCGUCCAAAUCAGUGACACCCAGAUGUCCACCAGCUCCCAUCCACUCAUCAUGGACCCACAGCCACUUAGUAUAUUGGAAAACAUUUUUUUUGUCAUUCAUAUAGUUGUCUCAUUUCCCUUUAUGUUACCUUGCUGUUGUGAAUCUUAUUCAUGUGAUCUGUGUGUAGGCCGUGUCCAGACAGCCACCUAUGUCGUCCUGAUUGGCAAUAGAGAGUGGAUGAGGAGGAACUGCAUGCAGGUCAGACCGGAUGUAGAUGAGGCCAUGACGGAGCAUGAGCGCAGAGGACGCACUGCUGUUCUGGUAGCUAUAGACAAUGUCCUGUGUGCGAUGAUAGCCAUAGCAGAUACAGUGAAACCAGAGGCUGAGCUGGCUGUCCACACUCUGACCAACAUGGGUCUGGAAGUGGUGCUGAUGACGGGAGACAACAGCAAGACGGCACGGGCCAUCGCUGCUCAGGUGGGGAUCAGGAAGGUGUUUGCGGAGGUGCUGCCCUCCCACAAGGUGGCCAAGGUGGAGCAGCUUCAGCAGGCAGGAAAGAGAGUGGCAAUGGUGGGUGACGGAGUCAACGACUCACCCGCUCUGGCCAUGGCUGACGUAGGGAUCGCCAUAGGAACUGGGACAGAUGUGGCCAUAGAGGCAGCAGAUGUGGUGUUGAUUAGGAACGACCUGCUGGAUGUGGUGGGCAGCAUUGACCUCUCCAAAAAGACUGUCAAGAGGAUCAGGAUUAACUUUGUCUUUGCUCUCAUCUACAACCUGGUUGGCAUUCCUAUUGCAGCAGGUGUAUUCCUCCCCAUUGGUCUGGUAUUACAGCCAUGGAUGGGCUCUGCUGCGAUGGCGCUGUCAUCUGUCUCUGUGGUUUUGUCCUCACUUCUACUCAAAUGUUACACUAAGCCCACUGCUGAGAAGUUGGAGGCCCGUCUGGGUAACAGAAGGCAGCAGGGCAGCCUGUCUAAUGUCAGCGUUCACAUCGGUAUGGGUGAGCUGCGUCGACCCUCCCCCAAACUCAGCCUGCUGGACCGUUUUGUCAACUACAGCCGUGCCUCGAUCAACUCCCUGCGUUCGGACAAGCACUCACUCAACAGCUUGGUGCUCAGUGAGCCCGACAAACACUCACUGCUGGUGGGGGAGGCGCCAUGUGAAGAGGAGUUUUGCUGAGAAGAGAAUAUGUAACGCUCACAUGGGCCAGCAAAGGCUUUUGUAUGCUGAAGUAGACCAUAACUGCAUUUAUAGAAGGCUGGGCCACACUAAGCUGAAAGGGUUACAUUGGAUAAUGGCCCAUCCAUCUGCUGUAGGUGCCCUCGGGGGCAGCUCUAUUGACUUGAAGAGGGCUUAUAUGCCUCUUGUUUUCUUUUAGAUGAUCACAUGCACUUCAGAGCACGCUGGGGUGACAUCUUCUCCAUCAGUAGCUGACUAUCUUUUGUUUAGGUCACUGCCCUCAGGCACACUUUUUGACCAAACCUUAAAUACUUUGUUCCUCUGACACCCUCACUGUGUAGAGGUGUCUUCAGCAUCUGCAGAUCCUUGAAGCAGAUGUCCACAACCAGGAAGCAGAGUGAUGAUCAACUCCGCCACUACAAUCUUUAACAUCUAUCCAAAGACAUUUUAACAGUGGUGCCACAUGUAGAAUUGGACACUACAUAGUUAUAUUUUAACAAAUAUUUCCUUCUAUGUGAAGUUAAAACUUUGUUCUAUAAUUCUAUUUCAGAGUAUUUAUAUCACCCUUAUUUAUCUCAUUUUCCUUAUAUCCAAUGUGAAAAUUGAAGUUGUUGAAUCCAAAUGCCAGUUUGCAUUUUGAGUCUCCCAAAAUGUGUAAUUAUUGAAGAAAGUAAGACAUAAAACAAACUUGGUUAUGUAACUUUCUGCAAAACGUGCAGAAUGCUAAUGAAGUAAGUUGUAAAUGUAAACGUUACCCAAGUGCCAAUUGAAAUUGCCACCUUGGCAAGUCCAACACAUUCCAAAGAUAGCACUGUACAGAGGUUACCUUGGACAUAAGGUUCAAAAGCAUCAACAGAGAUAAGGUCAAAGACUGAAAGCAGACCUGAAGAAGGCUGACUGUAGAAGAGUUUGGUCACAAGUUUCUCGUAGCGGGUUAUAAACUCUACAGUUGUGUCAACCCUCUGGCUCUUUGGUUAAUGAUGUGAGAUGUCUGUCAAUGAAUGUGAACACUAUUUACUGUUGAAUUUAAGCCGAAGUUGUUACAUGAAUGACACUGUGCUAGGAUUACUUGAUUUGCUUGUUGCAAAGAGGCAUUUUGUGUUUGUGAUGCGGUUUGUCAUGAAAUCGUAAGUUCAUUUGCGUUGCCUAUGUCUAACCCUAACCCUUAUGUCAUCACAACAAGCAAGAUGGUGUUACUGUUGCGAAGCUUCUUUCUGUUUCUAAGAAUUUCCAUCAUGGAUGCAACUCUUUUUUCAUUUCUCUACUUUUCUGUAUGAUUCACGCCACUGCACUUGAUCAAAGAAACAUGUUGAAACCCAGGGGAGCAGGAACAGCAAACUAAACACAGCCGAGUCCUGGCAAUUUCACCAAACAAGUUACUGAGAGACAAAUGUUCUGUAAUUUAAAUAGAUUGUUAAAUAAAGUAUAAAGUCACAUUGUAAAAGUUUCACACCAUUUUCAUCUUGCAGUCAUGGACAGCUGAUGUUAAACUGUCUGUGCUUUAUAGAAGUUUCUUUUUACUUUUUGCAUAACUUCUUUGUCAAAUUAGGAGAUAGUCACUACAGUCCAGUUACUCCUUGAAUAGAUUACUCUUAGCUACUAUUUUCUGCUCAGUUUAUCCUGCCUCUCCCAUUGUGCAUCAUAUUCUGAAGUUUUCACAGCUUGCUGAGUGCAAUUAUGCCAAUCAGUUGUUUGUGUGUAACUUUGUAAAGAUGUUCUCAAUGCCUCAGAUCUGUGUGCAGUCAAAUGAAGCAAGUCCAUGUUUGCUGUCCGUCAUCUUUCCUCUGAACAGUAUGUGCCUUGGAUUAAAAUGCUUUUGUAACGUCAGCCUGCUGUCUGCUUUAAAACCAGAAGAUGGCGCUGUGGAGCCAUCACUUCAAUAUCAACCAACACCAGAUACAGUAUUUCAUCUUCUUUAUUUCAUCCAGUUAGUCUAAACAUUACAUCACCCCAGUGUACUGCAAAACAAUCAAAUACAUUUUUUGUCAUAAUAUUCUUUAAAAAUAUUUGUUUGAAUUAAUGAGAAAUGUAAAUGACUUAAUCCCCUUUAAGUCAAUUUGUAUCGCUUUGGCUGUAGUGAUAUUGAAUUUGAUUUGGUAGAUUGAAGCUUUGUGAACAUGUUAUUAAGGAGUUAAUUUUAUAUUUGUGAACAUGUUAUUAAGGAGUUAAUUUUAUAUUUUUGAACACAUUUAAGAGGAAUCAGGUCUAGUUAGAUGCAGUUAAAUGAUAAGGGAACAUUUAGAAAUAAUGUCUACCAGAGGGCAAGUUUAGUAUUUGUCAUCGUUCUCUCCCUCACUGAUUAAAGAUGUACUUGAAAAGCGUUGUGGUCAGGAAACUGAACAGGUUUUUAAAAAUGUGCAGCAUUUGAAUAUCUGUUACAACAUUGUGCUUUUCUGGACUAACACACAGUAAACAGCUGUAAUUGGGGGGAAAAAUGCUACAUUCAGUUACUUUGAACACUAGAAUAACAAACUUCACUUCAAAACCAGCAAGGGAACAGCUCCAACUCUCUCUGGAAACACUGACGAUCUAAAAUAAACGUACUUAUACAGCAAUAUAUGUUAGUAGAUUUACAUUAUAUUAAACAUUAAACACCUUACGGAAAUCACACACCAUGAUGAGCAAAUCAAUGUUCACAAGCAUUUGAAAAAUAUUUGUGUAAACGUAUGCAUUAAUCGGACCAAAUGAUUUCAACACACAUUGGGUCCUUAGAAUACAUGAUUUUUAAAGUUUCAUAAUGAGGCUAGGUUGGUCAAACAAUUUCCUAAAAGUUUUGUGGCUUCAAGUCCAUCUUUUUCCCUCUGAUCCCUGAUUUUAAACUUGGCCAAAGAUGUCGCUGUCAAUCAGCCCCGCAAUACAACUUCAUACAGUAAAAUACAGUUGCUGAUAAUGUGGCAUUGACAGGCCACCAGUUUAACACACCGCAACAGGAUGGUAGCCGCCUGGAUGAAUGCCGUCGGGCCCAUACACACCAAACUGGCAUCAUUCAUGUUAACACUGACACUGCAGUACAGGUACAGAACUAAAGUUUGAUGGUGAUGAUUUUUCAGCUGCUUUAUCAGCUCCCCAGACAAGAGUUGAGACAGUGUGUGCUGAUGUUGCUGAGUACAUAUUUCUCACUUUAACAAUAAAAUACUGUAGUGGUACUGUAGCAGGAUGUUUGUUGCGGAUUCAAGCUUUCAGCUUCAGCAAGUUAUCAUAUGACUUUACUGUGAUUUGAGAUGUUUCGCUUUGCAAUGUUAAUGACUGAAGUCAUAAUUUAAACAUUAAUUGGUCAGAUGGAUCCUUCUAUACAUCAUCUUGAUCCUUGCCUUGAAAAAUAAUAUCUUGAGAACAUAUUUGGCAUAUUUUCCCAAUAUUGACAUCCAUAUCUAACAUAGGCUGCAAAUUAAUAUAAAAAUGUUCUAUAACAGCCGGAAAACAACUUAUAAAACUCCAACAUAAAUCUAAAAUGGGUCACUUUGUGUGGUAAGAUGCUGCAUAAAGGUAAAGAAGAUUGUAAGGCAUGAAUUAGUUAAAUUUUGGUGGAAUACUGAGAUCACAAAAUCCUGAAUUGGGGAUUGUGGAAGCGAAGCAGUGCGUUUUGCUGAAAAGAUUAUUAACAACAGUAUUUGUCACCACCGUUCAGCUCUCUUGAAUGUAGCUCGGUGUGACAUUUCUCUUUGUAGCUGAGGCCUCACAGAGAAACACCAUGAUGCUCAUAUGAGGAGUGGUUUGUUCAUGCAUGUUUGGUAAGAAGAAUAAAUACUGUGAUAAACACUGAUUAUUAAGACAUCAAAUAGCACCGUGUUGGCCCAUCAAUGGCUGCCACCAUCAUAGCAUCACAUUUUAUAGGGUGGAUCCCUGGAAUACUGUGUUCAGAUUGUUGAAUGUCAAUCAUUUGGCAAAAUGAACUAAAUUAAAGUUAAGAAAAGUGAAUAUCAUUCUUUAAAAUAACACUGUUAAGAGUAGGAGGUUGUUAUCAUUGAGAGGUUGAUAAAAUCUGAAUACAGAUUUUGGCAAAUGAACUGCAGAGGUCUUUGACUAAUCAAUGGUAAAAAUAUGAUUAUUAUCAUCAACUGCCUGCCAACCUUAGGUAGGAGAUUGUGAAAAUGGUUUGGUAGUGAUCAACAAGUGACCAACUUAAAAAAAAUAAAAAUACUGUACAGAAGAUAAAAUGUUCAGUUAAAUCAGUCUGACACCGACCACUAUAUCUGUCAUGAUCAAACAUCACAUCAUAUUUUUCAUCCAGCCUACUCAGGAAAAAAUCUUCUUAAGCAGUUAACAAUAAAAUCAACAAUCACAUUGACAAAAGCAAACAUCUCAUUACAAAGAGACCGACUGAGAGAGGGAGU